AUGUUGAUAGAUUUUCUAUUUUGUGUACGAAAAAAGGAAUUCUAAAAUAUAUGAUAGAAGAAAAAAGGUUGGUGGUGAUGUAGUUGACUAAUAAAUGAUUGAUCUCUAUAACUAAAUCCAUGUUGUUGAUUAAUUAUUGAUUGAUCUCUAUAACUAAAUCUGUAUAGUUUGAUUCAUUGUUGAUUGAUCUCUGUAACAGACUUCAAAUCCAAACGAAAUUGGCUAAUAAAAGCAUUCUCUAACUGUUGAAACUCUAAUUUAUUUAUUACACCAUCCGCUUCAAUUUAUUAGUCUAAUUUUCUUUUUUAGUCUGCUUCGAAAUUAAUAUCUCUCUACUUUUUAAAUAACACUUUAAUUCUAAGCUUCUACGGGAUAUAUUUAAAACUACAAAAUUAAAGAGCAUUUUAAUACAUUCUUAUAUAUUUUUAAUUUAAGACCGAAAUUGUUCACUUGAUAUUUGGUGCAUGGUCGUUGGACUUCCCUAUCAAGAGUUCGAGAAAGUGUAGGAUCACAAUCAUUUCUAACCUUUUUUUUUUAGAGUUUCACAUGUAUAGAGAUUUAUAAUUUUUAUUUUAUUUCAAUUAUGUGGCAUAAUUGAAAUUUUGAGAUUUAUAGUAAGUCUAUUUUUUCCGUCCGUAAAAAUAGAUUAAGUGAGAUACAACGAAAACAAUAACACAUUUGAGAUAUAAUAUUUAUUUAUAUCAUUUAAAUACCUCAUUUGCUAUUUAUUUAUUUUUAUCAUGUUAUUCUUCUGUGUAUAUGUUUCACCCGUUAUCAAGUUCUUAUCGACACUUGUACAGGUGAUAUUUAAGUUUAUGUAAUAAUUAUGUUUUGCUAUAUUGGGCUCCUUAUUCGCUAAUUAAUACUCUUGUUGUUCACUUGUUUGGUGAAAUGACGUAAAUAUUCUCUUUCUCUAUUAUUCCAAGCUCUUUGGAUCAAGUCUUUAAUGAUGAAUCGACCACAUAAAAGUUUUUAGACUAGUCCCCGACGACUCCUCAAUAACUUCGGCUCAAAUCUUGUAAAUAUGUUGAGAAAUUCACUGAGCAAAUACACUGUUCAGUAUAUCGAAUGAGCUGCGGUACUAAUCCGAACUCAAACUCAUACGAAUUCUGGAUUUGCUUCUAUUUAGAGUAGAUGACGUUGUCCGCUAAUAACACAUAUGACAAUUCUAUGUAGCAUACAUGACUGGUUUUGUUAACCUGGACAUUCAGUCAGUUUGGUUCAAUUUUUUUAUUUUCAGUAAAAGUUUAAAUUGAAACCGAACCAAAAUUAGUUCAGUUCAAUUCGACUUUUCAAUUUUGGCCAGUUUAAGUACAGGCUUUUAGAUGGUGUAGUAAUUGGGUUUGUAUUGUUCAGUCGAUCAUUUAAUUUCUAAUUGUUAGCAUCCUCAUUAAGCAGUAAAGAUUCUAUUUAAUUUGAUUGUGGAGUUUCAUAUUUCUGGGUUUUUGUUUUAAACGGAUAAGUGGCCACCCCUACAUAUACCUAGCCAUAGAGUACAAGAAUCAAUUAAGAACAGCCUAACUGUGUGCUUAAACAGGUAGUAGCUAGUUAUUGCUAAACCUAUUAUAUUAUACAUAGUAUUAAAAGAAAGCGACUUCCAUACUGGUUACGAAUUACUAGAGAUAUCUGACCAUCUCUACCAUGGUCCCAAACUUCAUGAAAGAAAAAAAUAUUCAAAUCAAAGAAGCAAGAGUUGACAAGAGGGAAUAAAAAAAAGAAAAAUGAGAGUUAGGAUGAGAACGAGCCAUUAAUAGAUGAAAAUGCAGACUCCAAAGAGAAACAUAAAUGAGUUGGUUCCCUUGAACUGUUUGUAAUAGUAAGAUAUUUUUUGACAUAUUAUCUCAUUAAAGCCCUAGCUGACAAAGAUGACUACAACCUCCUUAAAUACCCCAUACCUUUUGCAUGAAAAAGAAAUAAACCACCUUUUAGUCUUUGUAUUUCCUACAAAUUUUCACGGUAUUGCAUGGCUUCUGUAAAUUUGGAUAUGGAGUUACAGGAAGUAGAGUUGAAUAAUGCUGAGAAAGGACAAAUGGUAUCAAAAAGUGGAGGCGUUUUCUUGACUUGGAAUGACUUAUGGGUUACUGUUAGCACUAAAAAAGGUGGAAGCAAAUCCAUACUUAAAGGUCUCACUGGCUAUGCUCGACCUAGUGAGCUCUUGGCCGUUAUGGGUCCUUCUGGCUGUGGCAAAUCUACACUUCUCGAUUCCUUAGCUGGGCGACUGGAUUUCAGCACGAGGCAGAGCGGGGAAAUUCUGAUCAAUGGUCACAAACAGAAACUUUCGUAUGGAACAUCUGCAUAUGUGACUCAAGAUGAAACUCUGUUAGCAACACUAACAGUUCAAGAAGCAGUUUACUACUCUGCACAACUCCAACUCCCAGUUUCCAUGACAAAAUCAGAGAAAAAACAAAUAGCAGAGCAGACUAUUAAGGAGAUGGGGUUGCAAGAUGCAAUGAACACAAGAAUUGGAGGAUUUGAAAAUAAAGGAAUUAGUGGAGGAGAAAAGAGAAGACUUAGUGUUUGCAUGGAGAUUCUAACGCGGCCAAAACUUCUUUUCCUUGAUGAACCAACCAGCGGCCUCGACAGUGCUGCAUCUUAUUACGUGAUGAGCGGAAUUUCACGUCAAAGAGAGGGAAGAACCAUUAUUGCAUCCAUUCAUCAGCCAAGUGCUGAAGUUUUCAACCUUUUCCACAGUUUAUGCCUUUUGUCUUCAGGAAGAACCGUAUAUUUUGGACCUGCUAGUGCAGCAAUUGAGUUUUUCACGAGGAAUGGUUUCCCUUGCCCAUAUCUUCAGAAUCCAUCAGAUCAUUUUCUUAAAACAAUAAACAAGGACUUUGAUGAGGAUAUUGAACAAGGCUCAGCUGGAGGAAGACGACCAACAGAAGAAGUUAUAGACCUUCUCAUAAAUUCAUAUAAAUCAUCAGAGGGAUAUCAUGAAGUUCAGAGCCAUGUUGCAGAAAUAUGUCAUCAGGGUGGUGAAAUGUUGAAAAAAAGAAGCCAUGCUAACUUCAAGACGCAAUGCCUUGUUCUUACAAGGAGGUCAACUGUGAACAUGUUUCGUGAUCCUGGCUACUAUUGGAUGAGAUUCGUUGUUUAUGUCGCCAUUGCUUUAAGUCUUGGCUCCAUCUACUAUAAUGUUGGCUCAAACUAUCGGUCAAUUGAGGAAAGAGGUCUAAUGGUUGCUUUCGUAGUUUCAUUUAUGACAUUUAUGACGGUCGGUGGAUUCCCUUCAUUUGUGGAGGAAAUGAAGGUAUUUCAACGAGAAAAUGUGAACGGGCACUAUGGAUGUUUUGCUUUUGUCAUAGGCAACACACUUUCUUCUAUACCGUACGUGCUACUAAUAUCAUUGGUUCCAGGUGCCAUUGCCUAUUUCCUUGCUGGAUUUCAAAAUGGAUUUGAGCACUUCAUCUACUUUGCUUUGGUCCUCUUCAUCAGUAUGAUGAUAGUGGAGAGCCUAAUGAUGAACGUUGCAGCUAUUGUACCGAACUUCCUAAUGGGCAUUGUAGCGGGGGCAGGAAUACAAGGACUACAAAUACUAAGUGGUGGUUAUUUUCAAUUACCGAGUGAGUUGCCUAAAAUACUUUGGAAAUACCCACUAUACUACAUGUCCUUCCACAAGUAUGCUUACCAAGGUAUGUUCAAGAAUGAAUUUGAAGGACUAAAGUUUAGAGAUGAUAUGUUUGCAAACAAUCAUAUAAUGAGUGGAGAAGUCAUCUUGAGAGAAAGAUGGCAAGCAGAAAUGGGACACUCAAAGUGGGUAGACAUGGUCAUUCUGGUCGGUAUACUAAUUUUGUAUCGUCUGGUGUUCUUCCUCAUAAUCAAGACAAAAGAAAAAUUUGUGCAUGCAAGAAAGACAUCCACGUCAAUUCUAUCAAACCGAAGUACACAAAUCAUGGCUAAGUCCCUACCUGCCUCACCUCUCCAUGGACUCACUCCACCACAUGACACUCCCACCAACAAUAGAUGAACUAAUAGUUAGUUCUUCUGUUUUCUACAAGAUUUGACACUAUAUUUGGCUUCUUAUUUCUAUAAUGUAUCAUUUUGUACUGUAUUGUAUUUUACCAACUGUUCUGUGGAUGUAAUGUUUGAAUAGACUAUAGCGUUCGAUGAUGUAACACUCUUUCCUUUUUGGUCUAUAAAAGAAAUAGCACUUCACCUUUAA